AUGGGAGAUUCCACAGAUGGGAACAAAAAAUUGGUGGUGGUGGGAGUUUGUUCCCUGUUACUAGUGGCUUUGGUGGUGGCGGUGGUGGUAGGGAUGAACCAACCAGAUGCGAAGGAUUCCACAACUGAAAAUCCCCAACAAAUCAAAAGCAAUGCUAAGGCAGUUCAAGCUAUUUGUGAGCCAACUGAUUACAAAGAAGCCUGUAAAGAAAGCCUGGCUUCUGCCAACACAACCGACCUGAGACAAUUGGUUGGCAUAGCUUUCGCAGCCACAAAGAAGAGAAUCUUGGAAGCUGCCAGCAACUCAACUCUCCUUAAUGAACUCGAAAAGGAUCCUAGGACCAAAGAUGCUCUAGAUUGUUGUCGUAGUUUGGCUGAAACUGCUGCAGAUGAUCUUGAGAGAUCUUUUAAUCAAAUGGGUCAAAUGGAGUUAAUCCAGGUCGAUGGGGUGCUUGAAAAUUUGAAAACAUGGCUUAGCGCUGCCCUGACUUACCAGGAAACUUGUCUUGACGGUUUUGAGAACACAACAGGGGAUGCUGGUGACAAGAUGAAACAGUAUUUAAAACUUGGCAUGCAACUAACAAAUAAUGGUCUUGCCAUGAUAUCUCAGAUCUCUCAAGCACUGUCCUCCAUUGAUCUAGAUGCGCUCACAGGCCAUCGUCGACUUCUUUCUGGCAGUAAGGGGAAUCAAUUCGGAUACCCAUCUUGGAUUAAGCCAGCUGCAAAAAGAUUUCUCAGAGAAAAAGGAAGACCAAUCAAGAUUAAUCUUGUUGUUGCCAAGGAUGGGAGUGGGAGUUAUUCUAAUAUUACAAAAGCCUUGAGUACUAUUCCGAGAAAUAGUGAUAAAACAUUUGUGUUGUAUAUUAAGGAAGGAGUGUACGAGGAGCAAGUACAGGUCGAUAGGAAUUUAACCCAUUUGAUGAUGAUUGGAGAUGGUCCCAACAAGACGAGGAUAACUGGUAGCUUGAAUUUCAUUGAUGGUGUCUCAACUUUCCACACAGCAACUGUUGCUAUACUUGGGGACAAUUUCAUUGCUUCCGGCAUGGGAUUCGAGAACUCUGCCGGGGCAGAGAAACAUCAGGCGGUGGCUCUCAGAGUUGGGUCCGACUUAUCUAUAUUCUAUAACUGUCACAUGGAUGGUUACCAAGACACACUUUACACACACACUUAUCGUCAGUUCUAUAGGAAUUGUUUGAUCUCAGGAACAAUUGACUUCAUCUUCGGUGAUAGUGCUGUCGUUUUCCAAAACUGUACAAUGGUUGUCCGUAAGCCAAUGGAUAACCAAGCAAAUAUCGUAACAGCUCAAGGCCGGAAAAUUGAUCGUCAACCAACAGGCAUCGUUAUGCAAAAUUGUUCAGUUGUGGCUGACCCAGCUUAUUACCCAGUUCGUAAAACUCUCAAGUCUUAUCUUGCUAGGCCUUGGAAAGAAUUUUCUAGGACCAUUAUUAUGGAGUCAUUUAUUGAUGACUUAAUCACACCAGAAGGAUUCAUGCCAUGGAAUGCUACAUUUGCAUUGGAUACUUGCUUCUAUUCUGAGUACAAUAAUUAUGGACCUGGAUCAUCCAAGGCUAAUCGCACCCAAUGGUUAGGGAUCAAGAAUAUUAAUCGAACCGAGGUCAAACAGUUUACUGCAAAUAGAUUCUUGGGUGGUGACUUAUGGGUGCGACCUAGACGUAUUCCACUACAUCCUGGCUCAACCAAAACUAACUAUGUGCCUUAUGAUUCAUGGUUUACACGUGCUUCACCUAAAAUAAAUGAAACUGAUUCCAAUAACUCAACUAGUAGUAGUGCCCCAUCACCAAGUCCAAGUUCAAAGAAAAUCAAGUCACUAAUUCCAAGUAUCAGCCUCACUAGUCCUACCACAACACCCAGUCCUAAGAAUAGCAAGGGAAAAAGUCCAUCUCCUAGCCCUAUUAAAAACAUAAUUUCAAGCCUAAGUCCUAGUCCCGGUCCAAACAGUAAAAACUCAAAUCCUAGUGCGAGCCCGAGCAAAAGUGAAAGCCAAGGUUCAAGCCCUAGUCCUAGUCCGACCUCGAGCAAUAAGAAAAAUGAAAGCCAUGUUACAAGCCCAAGUCCUAGCCCUAGCCCGAGCCCGAGCAAUAAAAAAAGUGAAAACCAUGGUCCUAGUUCAAGCUCGAGUCCAAGCCCGAGCCCGACCUCUAAUAAAGGCAAAAACCAAACUUCAAGCCCAAGUCCUAGCCCGAAUAAUAAAAAACAAAGCUCAAGCCCAAGUCCUAGCCCGAACACAAAUCAUAGCAAUAACAAAAGUCCAAGCCCUAGUCCAAAUUAG